AAUGUCAGAAAGACCGAGGCGAGUUCGGGCGGGAGCCAACAUGGCCGCCCUGAUGAUGGAGGAGGACACAAUGGACGACUUCUACAAAACGGCUUACGGAGGGUUUGAAGAGCAAGAAACGGACGGGGAUUACAGUACCGAGCAUGAUCAGAGUGAUAUGGUGGACUCUGAUUUUGAUGCUAGUGAGAAUGAGAAUGAUGAGCCUGAGUCGGAGGAGACGGAGGAGAAGAAGAAGAGGAAACAGUGGGAGAUUAAACCUCCACCUCGACCAAAACAGAGGGAGAAGGGAGAUAAGGCAGAGGGGAGUGGAGAUAAGAAGGAGAGGAAGACUCAGCCGACUGUUGUGUUACAAGUUUCGAGAAGGACUACAACUACGGUGAAAUCAGAGCUAUCUAAAGUGAAACGAGAACAUGAAGCUAAGAACAGAGCUAAAAGAAAAUCAACAAAGAGAGAAUGGAAGAUGCCUACACAGGAGGAAAUAAUGGAGGAGUGUCGGCUUACAGAGGAGAAGAAUCUCGAACUCCUCCACGCUUUCAGACUGCACGAGGAGCAGAAAAAGAAAACUCGCGCCACAAAACGUCGUAACACAAUGGGCGCCUACAUCAGAUACCACAGCAUCGCCGCCCCAAUAGUGAAACUAGGCGGUCUCAGCGCCAACUCUCCCCAACAGGGCAUCACAGGUUCAGAUCACAAAGUUACCGCUCUCCGGUACUGCACCCGCAACUUUGUCACUUUCUCAGACCCCAGGAUUGUGCCACACUUCCUUCAGAAACAUCACCCUAAAAUACAACCCGCAGAGAAACUAUACUGUCCUGUAACCAGGCUACCCGCUAAAUACAUGGACCCUUUAACAGGGACACCUUAUGCGACUUGCAAAGCUUUUAAGACUAUAAGAGACAGUUUUGCAGUGUACGAGGAGAUGCGACAGGGUGAGCAUCAGCAUCAAGGGAGUUCCUCUGGUGAUGGCAGUACGAAGAGGACGCGCAAAAAAGCAACUGAAGACUCAUAGCGGGCGUGAGAAUUGUUGACUAGGUUGUUUAGUCCGUUUGAUAAUCCUUCAGUUAGCCGUCUUGUGUAUCUUUUGACUGUUCGAAAGUCCGAGUUGUCGGCUAAAGUAGAAAACCAAUGAUAGCGAUAUGCUGGUCUACCUUGGUGAGAGUGUAAGAAUGUUUGUUGAAGCUACCCUAUUUUCUGUUGAUAAAUUGAACUUUAUAUUACUUUAACCUUUUAUGCAUCAUUUAAUAACUCAUGUUUUAUUCAUUCCUUAAAGUUUAUGAUUUCUCAGAAAUCAUAAUUUUUCUUUCGGUGGCUGUGUACAUAAUGUUGUGAUAAUAAUUGCUUUUAUUUUCAAUUUGAUGAAUACAAUAAUCGAAUUUGUGUCGCAUUCGUCUUACUUUUUGUUUAUUCCAAAUCGAUUUUUAAAGACUGUCUCUGAUCCUUAGCUUAAAAUGCAUAUUUUAAAAUAAUCAAAAACAAUACACUCAAAUACAAAGUAUAUCUAUAAAUACCAUUCAAUUAAAGUACUACCAUUCAGA